UGACUAGUUGACUACCACAGUACCACUAAUAUAUUUCUCUUACCAAAGAUCCAGUUAAUACUAUUCAUGACCCAAGUUGGAAAAAUGCAAUGUUUUAUUUAUAAUGAAACGAAUUGGUACCUAGUAGGCCAGCAGAUAAUCUUAAAUCCAAGAUGCUCUCAUCCAUUUCCACCUUAAUCCUUCUCCUUUUCUCUCUCCUACUCAGCAUCUCCCCCACCCAAUCACACCCCACCACGUCAUCAUCCCUUCAACUCCCUUCCAAGCCACCAAUCAUCUCCGUGACAGACUUCGGAGCCGUCGGAAACGGCCGUCAAUACGACACAACCCCAAUCCAAUCAGCAAUCAACGCGUGUCCCUCCCCAAGUCCCUGCCACGUGGUAUUCCCAUCACCUGGGACCUACCUAACAAAAACAAUUCACCUCAGAUCCGGCGUCGUUUUGAUCGUUGAAAAAGGUGCGGUAAUUUUAGGGGGAACGAAGUUGGAAGAUUAUCCUAAUGAGUUUGAGAGAUGGUAUGUUGUGUUGGCGGAACACGUGGUUAAUGUGGGGAUCAGAGGUGGUGGGGAAAUCAACGGUCAAGGAUUGGAGUUUGUCAAGAGAUUUGAUGAGAGGAAGAAUGUCAUGGUUAGUUGGAAUCACACGGGUGCGUGUUUAGGGGAUGAGUGUAGACCACGGUUAGUUGGGUUUAUUGGGUGUACAAAUGUUACUGUCUCUAAUGUUAAGCUCAAUGAGCCUGCCUAUUGGUGCUUGCACGUAGUAGAUUGUGAGAAUACUUCCAUUCAUGACAUUUCCAUCUAUGGGAACUUCAAUUCGCCAAACAAUGAUGGGAUUGACGUACAAGAUUCUAAUAACACAUACAUCACCAGAUGCCAUAUAGACACAGGCGAUGAUGCUAUAUGCCCAAAGACGUACAACAAGCCUCUUUAUAACUUAACUGCUACUGAUUGUUGGAUCAGAACGAAAUCCUCAGCUAUCAAGCUCGGUAGUGCUAGUUCAUUUGAUUUUGUGCAUUUAUUGUUCGACAACAUAACCAUCUUUGAGUCUCAUAGAGGACUUGGACUUCAAAUUCGCGAUGGAGGGAAUGUCAAAGACAUUACCUUCUCCAACAUAAACAUCAGCACGAGGUACUACGAUCCAUCAUGGUGGGGAAGAGCGGAGCCAAUUUACAUAACAACAUGUCCACGAGACUCAAACACAAAAGAAGGGUCAAUCUCUGACAUUCAGUUCAUCAACAUAACAUCAGUUUCUGAAAAUGGAGUGUUUUUAUCAGGUACUAAAGGUGGGAUAAUAAGGGACUUGAAGUUCAGCAAUGUCGAUCUCACUUACAGAAGAUGGACGAGUUAUGAUGGUGGGUUGGUAGAUUACAGGCCUGGAUGCUCAGGGCUUGUUAAACAUAAUAUGGCAGGAAUCAUCAUGGAAUUUAUAGAUGGUUUCGAAGUUAGAAAUAUGAACAUGAGAUGGUCGAAAGAGAAAUCAGUGGGAUGGGAUAAUCCCUUGGAUUUCAGACCAUCUACUGUCAAUAACAUCUCCUUUGUCAAUUUUCAGUCUAGUCUCUACAAAAAGAAUUCAUCACAAGAUGCUAUUCUUUAAAUUCUGAAAGUUGAGGAAAAAAGUGAAGAAAAUUUGUACAAAGCACAAACCCUGUUAACAGAUGAAGUGAUGAUUACAGAUAAGGAGGGUUUAUCUUGAUUGCGUGAGCCGAUUUAUAAUGCAUAUCUUGUUAUACUCUGUAUCUUAGUAAGUUAGUAGCAUCAAUGUUUUUUAAGAAUUCUUGGUAGACUUACAUCAUCAUGAACACAAGUAUGAGAAAUUUCUUUGUAAACUUACACUCGAGCUCAUUAUCAUUAUCAUUAUCGUCAUUUAUUUUUGUCUA